CUUAACCCUCCCUCACCUUCCUCGCUGCGUUUCCAAGUCUUCUCCGCUGUCUUCACGGGGAAGAGAGCUGCCCCUCCCACCUCCAUGGCCAUGGAGGAGAAGAAGGUGGCCGUCGACGGCUCCACCAACGGGUAUGCCGCUGCUGCUGCUGCUGUUACAGUGUCUUCUGCAGGUGAACACAAGCAGCUCGAUGCUGGAGCACUCUUUGUUCUCAAAUCCAAAGGCUCAUGGCUGCACUGCGGCUACCAUCUGACGACCUCCAUCGUGGCGCCGGCGCUGCUCAGUCUCCCCUUCGCGUUCGCGUCGCUCGGCUGGGCUCCGGGCGUUCUGUUCCUGGUCAUCGGCGCCGCCGUCACCUUCUACUCCUACAACCUCCUCUCGCUGGUGCUCGAGCACCACGCGCAGCUUGGCCGGCGCCAGCUCCGCUUCCGGGACAUGGCUCACGACAUCCUCGGGCCAAGAUGGGGUCGUUUCUACAUUGGCCCAAUUCAAUUCUCAGUAUGCUUCGGUGCAGUCAUUGGCGCCGCUCUGCUGGGUGGACAGAGCAUGAAGUCCAUAUACUUGAUCGCCAGGCCAGAUGGCAUGAUGAAGCUUUAUGAAUUUGUUGUCAUCUUUGGGGCGUUCAUGCUGAUCCUCGCGCAGAUCCCCUCCUUCCACUCCCUCAGGCACAUCAACCUCAUCUCGCUCAUGCUCUGCUUGUCCUACAGUGCGUGUGCCACUGCGGGCUCCAUCCAUGCAGGGCACUCGUCUACCGCACCACCGAGAGACUACUCCCUUCCGAGCGACAGCCAAGAUCGCGUCUUUGGAGUGUUCAACGCCAUUGCUAUCGUCGCUACCACCUUCGGCAACGGAAUCAUUCCGGAGAUACAGGCAACAGCAGCUCCUCCUGUGACGGGGAAGAUGUUCAAGGGCCUCUGCCUCUGCUACACGAUCGUGGUGAUGACGUUCUUCAGCGUGGCGAUAUCAGGCUACUGGGCGUUCGGCAACCGAGCUCAAGGUUCCAUUACCGCCAACUUCAUCCUGCAAGACGGCUCCGUUCUGGUCCCCAAGUGGUUCCUCAUGAUGACCAAUGUGUUCGUCCUGCUCCAAUUAGCAGCCGUAGGAGUGGUAUACUUGCAGCCAACCAACGAGGUGCUGGAGGGGCUGUUCGCCGACCCAACGAAGGACCAAUACUCCAGUCGGAACGUCGUGCCGAGGCUCAUCUUCCGAUCGCUAUCGAUCGUCAUUGCGACUCUCAUAGCAGCCAUGCUGCCCUUUUUCGGCGACCUCAACGCGGUCAUCGGCGCUUUCGGGUUCCUGCCGCUGGAUUUCACGGUGCCGUCGGUGUUGUACAACAUCACCUUCAAGCCGUCGAGGAGAAGCUUCAUCUUUUGGCUGAACGCCGCCAUUGCCGCGGUGUUCUCGUUGCUGGCCGUGCUGGGUUCCAUUUCGGCGGUGCGGCAGGUGAUUCUGGACGCCAAGACAUACAAGCUUUUUGCGGAUAUAUGAACCACAUUUAACGUGUAACAGUAAAUAAUUGCCCCUCUCAUUAUGAUUUUAAUGACACGCAAAUGAAAUUAAAUUUGAUAUUUAAAACAA